UUAUCUCUGUCUGCAACAACACCUUAUUUUCUCUCUCCUCUUCUCCUUCUAUUUCCCCCUCUCACAAAGCUCUUGAGACCUCCAUUGCUUCCCCGAUUCGAACCCUAUUAAUCGCCAACAAGGUGGUCUGUUGGAGGAUUGGGUUUCGUGCUUCAUUGGUGGAGACGGAGACCUCUCUACAUCUGUGCUUUGAUCGGAUAUUGAGGAAUCUACAGAGUCCAAUUUGUGCUAUCUUGGUGAUUUGCACUUGGCAUUGGAGGCAAUGAACUGUCUAUCACUUCAAUGUUCCUGAAUCUUCAUUGACUUAUUUGUCCCUGGUUCCCUGUUAGUGCGCAGUAUCAUAUAAGAUGAGGAAAUAAAUUGAGGCAGGACGUGUUCUGGAAGUUAGGAAUUUGGUUGCUGGAGUGAAUAAUCAGACAGAAGUUUGGUUCCAUGAAUGUUCUAGUGAUAUUGAAUUAAAUAUGGUUGGAUGCUCAUGUUGUUGGAUCUCCAAUAGGAGUGAUGAAGUUCUGACUUUGUUCAUCUGCUAAGUUGUUCUAGAAACUAAAAAUUUUUGGCUGCCAAAAUUGUGGAUUGAAUUAUCUAUGCCUGGCAACGAAGUUGGAGACAGGGUUCACAAUUUCUUUGCUCAAGAGAACUUGUCCCAGGGACAGCAAGACUCACAGGUUGACGGAACUUGGCCAGUGCUAGGUAACAAUCUGUGGCCUGGAAGUCAGAGACAUAUUGGCUUACCAAAUUCGGUUUUAAAAAAUUAUAAUCUGCAGCAAUCAGACACAGACAAAGGACAUAGCAUCCAGACAUUUCCAGUACCACAUGGCUUGAACCCUACACAACCUAGAGUGGGUCCUGAAUUUGCCAAAAGUCAUCCUCAAAACCAACAGCCAAUUUUAAAUGGAUAUAUGCACAGGCACCAGAUUUUGCAGACAAGAGAGAGUGAAGCAAAUUUUUUGGGAGUGGAUACAGAAUCUGAUCACUGUAAUAGAUCAAGAGGCUUAUCUAUCUAUGGGUUGCAGCAAGAGACUAGCCCUCAAAAUUAUACUUCUUCAGUUAGGUCAGAAUCAUCUGAAGUGCCUGUUAGUUUUAAUCUUUUUGGUAGUCAACAAAUGAGUGGCCAGCUAACAGGCGUGCUGCAAACCUUUCCACCGCAGCAGUCUGGCGUCAAUGACAUGCAGCUACUGCAGCAGCAGGCCAUGUUGCGGAAGCUUCAGAGGCAGCAACAGAUUCAGCAAAUAGAAGGACAACAACAGAAUAAAACAAAUCAGAUCCCUACUAUUAUAAAACAGGUGUCUGGCACCAAUUCAUCUGUCCUAACUAAUAGCACUCCUAUCUCCCUCUUUACCGCAGCAUCAGACUAUCGUUGGGCAACUGAGCCCCUGGCUGGUAGCACAAACUGGUUGCAGCAUGCUAAUCCAGCUAUUGAGGGAUCCUCUAAUGGAUUUAGGUUUCCUCCUGAGCAAGGCCAGACACUGAGCUUAAUGGGUUUGGUUCCCCAACAGGUUGACCAAGCUCUGUAUGGGGUUCCUGUUUCUAGUAGAAGGGGUACUCCGCUCCAUCAUUCUCAUAUCCUACCAGAUAAGCUUCAAAUGCAGCAAAUGACCUCCCCAGGUAAUCAAUGUACUGGAUUCCAAGAUCAGGUUCACAUGCAGGAUGAAUCUCUGGUUUCUGGACAGAAUUCUUUUCAGGAGGAAGUAAACACUGAUCGUCUCGAUAGUGGGAUGAAUUUAGAAAAAUUCCAGGAAGCGAGGUCUGGGCAAAGAAAUGCCCCUGCCCAGGAGGUCCAUGAGAGGCAGGAAUUAGCUGGUCCAUCUGAAAUGUUGCCUGAAAAAAUAACAUCCCAUGGUUCUUCACAGAAUGUGGUUUCCCUAGACCCAACUGAGGAGAGGAUAUUAUUUGGGGAUGAUAAUAUAUGGGAUGCCUUUGGCAGUGAUGCGAACAUGGGAGGAGGGUAUAAUCGAUUGUAUAGUAAAGGAUUUUUGAAUGGAUUUCCUUCCCUACAAAGUGGGAGUUGGAGUGCUCUUAUGCAGUCUGCCGUGGCAGAAACAUCUAGCAAUGACUUAGGGCUUCAAGAAGAUUGGAAUGGUGUGAGUUUUCAGAAUACUCCAAUUCCUGCAGGAAGUCACCAGACUUCAGCAUAUGCAAACAAAACAAAACAACAAAAGGUUUUGGCUGAAAACAGCUCACAGAUUGCGUCGUCAUCAAGUUCUGGACCAGUUCCCCUCUCGGAUGAUGCCAACAUGAACAAAAAUCAUCCUGCUGUCCGAAGAAUGUGGCAAUCUGGACGGAAAUAUUCAUAUGGGAAUGGUGAGAUGCAGCAGACAGAUUUUACGGGUCCAGAUAUUCAUCAGUCUUCCCAAGAAGGAAUCAACUGGUUAAGUCAUCGUCCUUUACAAAAGCCACUUGCAGAGGGGAGUCAAGUUUAUGGUAAUGCUGCAUAUUCUUCACAUACAGAAAGGAAUGAGAAGAACAUUUUGGGGAUGUGGGUCCCUCAACGGAGUGGUUCUUCCUUUAACUCUAGCCAGCCUGACAAUAGAACUGAUAGUGGCAAUGUUGACAAGUCUGCAUCACCUGCUGGGGGUGCAACCUUGAAAGUUAAUGGCAACGAGGACAAAUUGCAGCAGUUGCACAGGAAGGACCACAAUAUCUGUGAGGACAUGAGUCAUGGCAUUCGUUUGUGGAAGGCUGAUUCUGGUCCAAAUGUAUCUGUUAGAUUGGAACAUAUAAACUCUUCUGUAGGAAGUCCACAGGUAAACAACGAGGACCGUAGUUUGAAUAAUAUUGGAGAGGUUCCAAAUUCUAGCACUAGAAGUGCCAUGCUGGAAAAUGCCAGCCUACUGCUCUCCAAUAGUCAUCACUUUAAUUACUGGCAACAUGCUAAUUCUUUAAUGAAAAAUAAAGGAGGUGAAAACUUAGGGAACUCCCAGCAUCAUCAGAACAAUCUGCCGGUUUUGGAGUCGUCCAUGAACAUUCCUGACAAGGAUGCAGUUAAAUUGCAUGAGGCAGACAAGUGUGAUAGAAAAGAGAACUCCAGUGAUAGCCAUGGCUCUAACUUAUCCCAGCACCCUAUUGGUGGUUCAAGGGACAAUGGUGGGUCCGAUGCAAGUGAUCCACAGAAUUUUCCUGGAGGCAGGCAGAAGUUAUUUGGUCAAGCUGGCCAGAAAACUACUGGUGCUCGCAAAUUUCAGUAUCAUCCAAUGGGGAACUUGGAGGAGGAAGUUGAACCUUCCUAUGGAAUGAAGCAUACUGCCCAUUCACAGGUCAUCUUGCAAGCGAUCCCACAAGCAUCAUAUACUCAGAAUCAGGGAUAUUUUGGGCAGUCCAAAAUUUCUGGUCAAUUUCCUAAAACUUCCAGUGAGAUGGAAAAGGAGCAUUCACAUUAUCUUCAAGGAACCAGAAAAGGCGAAGCGGAGGUACCUUCCACAGUCAGUCACUCAGGUUUUGCACCCAGAACAUCUGUGCCCUUUGACAGAUCAGUUAGCAUAUAUGCAACAAAUAAGUCUGCUCAUUCAAGAAAAAAUAUGCUUGAGCUCCUUCACAAAGUGGACCAAUCCAAUGAAGGUGGCGAUUAUGAUGGAUCUGUUGAUCACCCUCAGCAAAAUCAGUCUUCUGUCUCACAAGGUUUUGGUUUACAACUUGCACCUCCAUCACAACACCUGCCUGUCCAAAACCAUUUAUUGGCUUCUCAGAAGUCCACACAGACAGACAGUUCUUCCAGUUUGAGGCAUGCAACUCCUGAGUUAAGAGACCAGGGUCAUGCAUGGUUGGGUUCCGCAGUUCAGGGACAGUCUUUGAAGCCUUCACGUGGAACAUCUCAAGGAAAACUCAAGACUAAUAAGAUCGGUAUGACAGGCCAAACUGACAAUGAAGCCUCACAGUGUAAUAUGCCCGGAAACCUAUCCUCAACAUCAACUGCUGGUUUUCGCAACUCAAGAAGUAAGUUUCAGAGUCAACAAAUGAUUGGUCCAGGUGGAAAAGUUCCAAUAAACCAACCCACAAAAGUAUCUUUUGAUAGGAAUUUCUCCAAUUUUCAGCAGACUGAUGAAUAUAUCAAUAGACCUCUUACAAGUCAAUCUAUGCCAGAAGCCUCUGGUGAUAAACACAUUUCAUCUGGUGAGGCAUCGCCGUCCAGUGAUACCAAUUAUUCUAUUGAAAGAGCCUCGACCACACUAAUUUCGGGGCAGGCUUUGCCAUCGUCUCAGCCUUUUGUUGCAUCUGGCAUCUCUCAAAAGGGUGCUUUCCUGAAAAUGAUGCCUAAUGCAUGGGCUACUAAUCCUAGUCAUCAACAUCUAAGAGCCCAACCUUACAAGCUAAAUGAUAAUUUGGGGUCAACCUCAUCAACUUCACAGGAUAAUGCGCUUGAAGAAGGUAAAGGUCUGUCUGAGGUCGGUGCAAAUUCAAGGGAAUCACAAGAACCAGAAAAGGGAAGCUUCCAUCAGCCAGUUUCUUCAGGGAACACUGACUUGGCUGAAAAGAUGAGUGCAUCCCAGGGGAAGGAAUCUAUUAUCAAGAAUCAGGCCAAGGCUUCUUCUUGUUCUGCUUCAACUCAGAGAGAGAUUGAAGCCUUUGGUCGUUCCUUAAAACCAAAUAAUCUUUUGCAUGAAAAUUACUCCUUAUUGCAUCAAAUUCAGGUGAUGAAGAGUACAAAGAUUAAUUCGAGUAAUAUGAUUUUGAAGAGAUCGGCAGGGGCAGAUGGUGGUCUGGGAAGUGAGAUGGCUCCAACAGCUGGGCAGUCAGGGCCAUCGGAUAAUUUGGAAAGAAAACCAUCUUUUCAACUUGGCAAUGUACCUUCUCAGGACGUGCCUGCUUUUAUUCGGACAGAUUCUGAGACUCAUAGCAACAGUACAGCUUCCAUCAGAGUUGAACAAUCCCAGAUUGGUCCCCAGAUGGCACCUUCCUGGUUUAAUAAGUUUGGAUCCUCUAAAAAUGGGCAGAUGCUGCCUAUGUAUGGCACACACAAAAAUUUAACUGCAGAGACAUUGGAACAACCAUUUACACUUGCAAAGUCUACUGACAGUUUUUGUGCUCAUGGUCCUUUGGAGCAAGUAGAUGCUGCUGCUGAUUCAAGUGAGGUGGGCAACAUCUGGAAGAGGCCAACUGUUACAUCUAUGCCAGUUGAACAUGUCUCUUCUUCACUGUCACCAGCCCAGAAUAUUGGUGCUCAAUAUUUGGUUGCUGUGAGACCAAAGAAGAGGAAGACUGCCACAUCAGAGCUUCUUCCUUGGCAUAAAGAGGUGACACCAGGUUCUCGAAGUCUUCUGACUAUGAGCAUGGCAGAAAUUAACUGGGUCAAAGCUGCUACAAACCGGCUAGCUGACAAGGUGGAAGAUGAGGCUGAUAUUACUGAAGACGGACCAACCAUGCUUAGAACUAAGAGGCGGCUUAUCUUGACAACACAGCUGAUGCAGCAAUUAUUUCCACCUCCCCUGGGAGCUGUUCUCUCUGCGGAUGCUGGUUCAAACUAUGAGACUCUAACUUACAUGGUUGCUAGGCUGGCACUUGGGGAUGCUUGCAGCUCAAUUCCUUUCUCAGAAAGUGAUUCCCAUGUGCCUCUUGACAGCAGAAACCUCUUGUCUGAUAAGUGUAGAACAUCUGAAACAAAUGGCAACCAGCAUCUCUCCAAAGCUGUGGAAGGCUUCACUCGUAGAGCAAGGGAGCUAGAAAACGAUUUUAUGAGGUUGGAUAAGAGAGCCUCAGUCUUAGACUUAAGAAUGGAAUGCCAAGAUGUAGAAAACUUCUCUCUUGUCAAUCGUUUUGCUAGGUACUAUGGUCGGGGCCAAGCUGAUCGGACCGAGACCUCGUCAUCCUCUGCUGCAGGUCCAAACGCUCAGAGACUCCCCCCUGAGCGAUACGUCACUGCAUUCCCAGUGCCCAGAAUCCUCCCUGACAGGGUACAGUGUCUUUCCCUUUGAUCAUUAAUUUAUUUAUUUGUCCUCUCUUUUCCUCUUCUCUACCUUCUUGCAUCCCUGCGCUCUUAUGAUUCAAUUUCUUGCUAGCUAGCUAUAUAUAUGUAUGUAUAUAUGCUGGCACUUUGACCAAUCCUCCUAGAAUGGAUGCUAGGUUCUCCCUUACAAAGAAGAAAUGAGGGCAUUUAAUGUUUUAUAAAUUCUUUUCCCACCCAGUCCAUUCGUGAUGCCAUAUAUAUAUAUAUAUUGUCAUUCUUGGGAAAUAUUAGUUCUAGUCUUUUGUACAUUUAUGUGGAAAUUAAAAGGCUUUCUACAAUGGCCAUUUUUGCAGCAAAUGGGCAAAAGUUUAGGUGCAA